CCUGCUUGGAUGUCGUAGGAUAAGCGUGACCCAUUGGAAUUGCUGUGCCUUUAUUGAGAAUUUGAUUCAAUGUCAAAAUGAACCCAGCUGCCAUCAGUCACUUUGAUAGUUUCCAAAUCGACCGUGAUUAUUACCAUGAUGAACUUGGAUAUGAAAUGGACAGUAGUACCAUGAAUGUUUGCUGCAAGUCUGUUGGAAAGUUAGGGUCUCCAAAAGAUUCAAACAAAGUUGCUGUUUCCAUUUGUACCUCUAGCCCCAACGUGAGUGACCACGUGAUGGAUGUGUGCCGUAUGUCACAUGAUAAUGAAACUAUUGAGUGCCUAUCCUUUGAGAAUUCUGAGCUGGAUAGUUCUCUGCUCAACGACAAUAUUAGUGUUGCUUCGUGUUUGAAAAGUAGUAUUGAACUGGACACAGAAUAUUUGGAUAACUCAAAGUUUAAUGAAACUCUUUUGGAAAUGACUGAGGAAACAGAAUGGACUGAAGAUUUGUUUUUUCUUACUACGGAUGGAAUCCAGAAAAGUACAUCCAAAAAGAAUAUUCCUGAUGAAAUAACUAAAGCUCCUAUUAGUGGGACUGGGCUAGACGUAGAUGGAAAAACAGCAACCAGGACUGGUGAGAGACUAUGCUGUAUGGAACGUGGAUAUUGCACAUUUAAUAAACAGUGCUUUGAAGAUCAUACAAAGGAACUGCAUAAUUGUGUUCAAUUUGGGAAAGAUGCACCAAGGUCCCCAGUGGAGUUGAAUUGCUCAAGAUGUGUGGAGAAUGACGUGAAUUCUGAUAUGAAUUUGUUUGAGUGUGAGCAGAAGCUUCCUCAGAAUGAAGAUGUAUUAGUAAGAAAACGUGAAUGUGUUGAAGGUGAAAAUGCGGUUAGAAAACCUAAUAUGGAUAUAAUCUCAAAAAUAUAUGAGAGUAAACUAGAAAACCCAUCAGCGUCGUCUCAAGGGCAAUCUAAUAUUGGGCCAAAAAACAAGCGAAGAAUAUUAAAAGUUAAAAAGAAAAUAGAUAUAUUUUACAUAAAAUUGAAUAUGUUUCAUUGCAUUCUUUGUCCAUUUUAUACUUGGUACCGUCGAUGUGUCUUACGCCAUGUCAGAAAUGUGCAUGUCAGUCCAAUUGGAAGUCGUAAACGUAAAUGUUGCAAUGUUUCUUGUAGCAUAAGAAGACCAAAGCCCGGUACAACUGAACAUGCUGCAAAAAAGGAGAGCACACAAAGCAAGACAUUAUCCAUAGAACAAACCGACUUUACUACAAUAAAACAAUGUACUACCACGGAUGAAAUCGCAAAUUUGACAUCAAAGAUUGAGAAGCAGUUGUCUUGCCCUAGUUGGCAACAUUCACCUGGAUCAAGCAUCUGUAUAAUUAAACAGCACACAAGUUCAACCUGUGAGUCAUCCUUGGCUCAGCAAAAUACUGAGCAAGUAAUGUUAGUGUCUUGCCUUUCAGCAACUGAUUCAGAUAUGAAGUCAAACUCAAGAGUGUCUGUACAAAAUGUGGAUACUUCGUUACAUUCUUCACACAAUAAGAUCACAAUUGAUGAUGCUGUUGUUAAAGGGUCACUUACAUCUAGUAAACGCCUAGCUUUAGAAACUAUAGUAAACAAAUUGAAAAGUCGAACCACAUUAAUCAAAUGCAAACCAGCAGUCACCGUCCUGAAUAAUCAAAAUACAAACCCCAGACAUAGUAUCCCAUACUGUAGGAUAACCAAGGAGGAGCAGGCCAAGGGGUUGAUGGAGGCAUACAACUUCUUAAACCAGCAGAAGAUUGAAAGAGCGGCAGAAUGUUUCGAUUAUAACAAUGAUGGAGAAGUUUUUGUUCCUAGUAGAAUACCUGAAGUUGAAGUGGUGUUGUCUGGAGAUGAGCCUGAUGCUAUACAGACAUGGCCACAGACUUCUGGAGACAAUGGAUCAAACAAAACAUCUCUGAAGUUAACCCAAGAUGAAAGCAAAAAUCUGAGUCUUCAGUCAAGUGUACAAAAGGAACCACGGAAUAUCUAUACUGCACUAUAUCAGUGUGAUACUUGUCAUUUUGAAAGUUCUAAUUUUAUGUAUCUUCUUUCACACUACGGUAAACAACAUCCUGAAAAAAAUAUUUCCAGUAGCAGGAUUCGAAAAUAUAGUCGUAUGCUGAAUGUAAAAACGGAGAGAGUUUUGCCAACGUUCAUAAACACCAUGUCUACAUUAGAUUCAGAUUUUCCUGAAGUAGAUGCAUCUUGUUCUGAAGAAAUUUCCGAGCUGUAUUUCUGCAAACAGCGCUCAGCAAAUGGAGAAUCCAUUUCCGUGUUUGAUCAUUGCCAAAAACAACAAACAUGUAGAAAAGUAGGCAAAACAUUUUUUCAGAAAACAUUGGAGAGUGAAUCUUGUGAUGUUUUGCGAGUCAAGACACCAUUGGAAUCUUCAUUUCUGUCUUGCAGUGCACCACAAGGAAUAUUUCAAUACCAGUCUCAGGUUAGGAUUCCAGCAGGUAAGAUGUUGAGUGGAGAGCAGGUUACCAAGGUGCAGGAAAAAUAUUCUGAUAUUAAAAUGGAGCCUAGUACCAUGGUGGAAGGGUACCGCUGUGAUCACUGUGGGCGCCUGUUCAAAGCACUGUCAGGACUACGUACCCAUGAAAAGACUCACUUUGUGUCCAAAACAUGGCACAGCAGAGAUGUUAGCCAGAGUUUGAACAGUCAAAACUGCAAGAGCAAAUUGAAGAAUGUAAACCAGCAUGCUAGCUCAGAGGGUAGACGUUACAGAUGUCCCAGGUGUUCUUAUUCUACUUCACUGAUAGAACAAUUAAGGUCCCAUUCUCUCAAAGUACAUGGAAGAUUCCUCAUGCCCAAAUUACGUGCUUCAGUCUCAGAUGCCAAAGGAAGUGGGGAAUGUUUAUACCAAACAUAUGAUGAGAAUGUCUUCUUGGAGUUUCAACAGGAUAUCCUAGAGUCAUAUGGUCAGACCGCUGAGCUGGGAUUAGAAGCACAGAGAAGCCCACCAAUAUCAGUUGAGAGCUAUUCAUGUGAAUUCUGUGACUUUAUCACUUAUAGAUUCCAGGAUAUGAAGAAUCAUUAUAGUAGAGUGCACUGCGAAUAUCCGUAUUUCGAAUGCAGAAAGUGUUCUUUUUUUAGUGGCAAAAAGAAUGCCCUUUCUCAGCAUGCAGGAUUAUGUAAACUGGCAGUGGGUAUGCAGAGAUUUUCCACAGAGAAAAUAGACCGAGAUAUUCUUGUGGAAGAUUGUCGUGUCCAAGGAAAAGAGUGUGCAGUUCUAUCUGGCUUAGCUUCAAAUGAGGGAGCGUCUGAAACACUUCGGUGUCCUUUGUGCCUUUACAACACUAAGCACAAAAACAGCUUAGUCAAUCACAUUGUGGAGCACAAAAAUAAAGGUGUGCCUUCUUUGGAAAAGUAUGAACCUGACAUACUGCAAUUCCCUUCAGGGAAGGCAUUCUGCUGUGAUCGGUGCUCAUUUAUCACAGAUAGUCAGGACAAACUGAUCUGUCAUCUGAAUUUUCACAGUCCACUGAAACCAUACAAGUGUCGUCUCUGUUUCUUUGAAACUGCACUACAGACAGAACUAGAGACUCACCUAAAGGAGCUGCACAAGGUGAAAUGCAACCUGGAUCUGGCUGGUGAGGUUAAUUUAGACGAGGUCAAUCUAGCUGCAGACUUUGCGUUGAUAAAGAAGCAAUGUUAGGAAACCUAUGGCGAAGAGAAAAAUGGGAAAUUGAUGAGGACCAAUUAAGAAAGCCUGAGCGAGGAGAAGGAAUGUUUGAUAUCUUCAGAAAAAGGAAACCCUUUGUCUUCAGAAAACACUGUUCAGUAUUGCAUUCAUUUACGUGAUUCAUUUCAUCCCCUUAACUACAACAAAUACAAAUUUGUGUUUGUUUCUCGAUUUUUUUUUAUUUAAAGGUUAGUAUAAGAAUAAUAGUGAUGCUUAAACUAUAACUUGGUAUCCGACUACAAACAGUUAUGUACUUGAAUCGUAAUUCUCUGCUUUUUUUUAAUAUAUAAUUUAAGGAGUGCUGGGCCUUGACUGGAACUUGCCUUAGUUAUAAUGUUAGUGCGAGGUAAAUCAACAUUGCUGUUGUUCCCUCUGGCUACCAGCAUUGUUAUGGAAAAGAAACAAUAGACAUUAUAGUUGAUGUAUUGCACAUGUUUACAAUGUGUGACCUUGUUAAAAAGUCAAUGUUUACUCAAAUUCCGAGGCGGUGAUGCGUUUCCCCCCUCCCCACCAUUCAAUGUAAAUUUACCGUACCCCGAGUUUACUUUUUAAGAUUAGAGAUAGAUUGCUAAAGUGUCUUCAGAGAUUUGGACGUCUCCCUCCAGCUCCAAAGGAGUCUGGAGAAACUCGCAGCAAGACAACUCCUGAGCACCUUUUAACAGCUGUUCCAAGAACGGGUGUUAGUUUGUUAGCAGAAGUCUGGGAAAUUAUUGUCUAUUUUUCCUCUGAGUUGUAAAUGGAGCAAGGCAGUUGAACACCUGUAAAAUAUUUUUUGAAGCCUGGAAUAUUCCCUGAUUUCUGAAGAUGUUUGUUUAAACAUGGGGGCAGGGAGAGUAAUCAACUGAGUGAUCAACUUUUCUACAGUUGGAAAAAUGUCCAAGAGAAGCCCAUUGAGGUUGAUCUUGGUUUCUCGCGAAAGAGAAACUGUCCUGAUUCAUAGUGGGAUUGUUGUUACUUGUACAUCGGUGCUGCCACUGGGAAUCUGAAUGGCAGCACUGCAAAGAGGGUUUACAUAUCCCUUUAGCAACCCACCAAAAGAAACUUUAAAAAGUUAUCUUUAGUGUUUGGAGGGUGUUCGUGAUCUUAGAUUCUUGUGUGCAUGUUUUUGAGUUCUCAAUGUGAAUCCCACUAUAAAUCUGAAUUCAAAGGAAAAGAGUACGAGUUAUUAGACCAGAUGCAAAACGUUCUGUUUGGAUUGUAUUUUAUUGAAUCGUUUGAUGCAAAUGUUCUGUUCUUGGAUUUGGCUUCCAAAAUGUGUUGGCUUUUGUAUGAGUUUACACACUUUUUUAACAAGAUGUGUAGAUCAUUAAGUCAGCAAUAAUGGGAAGAAUGUCUUGAUAUUUAGCAGAGUUAGUCAUCCUGCAUUCUUUUGUUUGUUUAAAUAAAGUGUUUUGGCAUUUG